GUCCUUUUUUUGCAAUAUUAGGCAUGAAAUUAUUAAGAUUUAAUCCCUAUUAUUAUAAUCUAUUAACCACUGAAAGUUUUCGUUUAUCAAAAAGUUGUAUUAGGUUUCAAUCUGACGUGGAAGCAAUUCCUAAUACAGCAUUUAAGUUUUUAUCCAUACAAGCAAGCAAUUCCAUUGAAACAUAUAAACUCGAACAAGUAUUGCAGAGAUGUUUAAAAAUAUACGAAAAAUUUGCCACAGAAGAAGAAGAAAGUUUCUUUGAUAAAGAAGUUUCUUUAUCAUUUAGAAGAAAAAAAUAUGAGUAUGGACACUGGGAUGGGGCUAUUGAAGGUUUUAGAGAAGUUGAAAAGACAAUCUGGUCCAAAGAAUGCCAGCUAAUCUUAGAUCGCGUAGCAAAUAAAGUGUUUGGAGAUGAUAUUGAUUCCAUGCAACCAUUUACUCAUGUGCUUGAUUUAGCAAAAAAUGGAUAUAUAAAGCCUCACACCGAUAGUGUUAAAUUUUGCGGCUCUAAAAUUGCUGGGUUAUGCUUACUUUCUUCUGCAGUGAUGCGUUUUGUGAGUUCAUCAAAUUCAAAAUUGUCUGUUGAUGUUCUUAUGCCACGAUAUUGUCUUUAUGUAAUGAGCAAUGAUUUACGUUAUGAUUUUACACAUGAGAUUCUCAGUGAUGAAAAAUCUUUUUGGAAUGGUCAACAUAUUCCUAGAGAUCGUAGGCUGGCAAUUUUAAGAAGAAGCAAACCUGUUUCUAACCUGUAGAAUUACAAUUUUAAGAAGAAGCAAACCUGUUUCUAACCUGUAGAAUGACAAUUUUAAGAAGAAGCAAACCUGUUUCUAACCUGCAGGCUGACAAUUUUAAGAAGAAGCAAACCUGUUUCUAGUCAAUAAACAUGUAAUAACAAAUUUUAAUUAUAAGUUUCAAAUUUUAUUUUAAAAAAUGUUGUUGUUAUGCAUUUUUGUUUAAAAAAAAAAAACUAAAAAAAAGGAUUAUCAAUUUCAUAAGCUAUCAUUAUUGUAUUUAUAUUUAUA